AUGGUUUAUAAAUAUUUUGAUCUAAAAAAUCAACCAAUAAAAGUGAAAAAGAUUAUAACAGUGAGAUUCUUCUUACCUGCAAGAAACCAAACACUCAUAUGUUGUGAUGGAGCAUCUAGAGGUAAUCCAGGUGUUGCAGGUUAUGGCUUUGUAUGUAGAGAUGAUCAGGGAGGUUUCAUAUAUGCUGAAGCUAAAGGUUUGGGGAUUGCAACAAAUUACAUUGCUGAAAUAAUGGCUAUUGCAGGUGCAGCUGAAUGGGUAAGAUGGAGAAGAAUUAAGGAAUUACUAAGUAAUAUCCAAUUUGUACAUAGUAUGAGGGAAGUCAAUUUGUCUAUUGAUUCCAUGGCAAAGAAAGGUGCAGGCUUGGAGAGAGGGGAAAUAAUCAUAUUCAAUAUUAAACCAGCUUUCAUCCAUGCUUUGGAAUCACCUGAGAAAAUUUAUUAUUGA